AUGUUAAGGCAGAACUUAAGGCGAAACUUGAACCGGGUAUUUGUGCGGCAUUUUGCCUCCAAUACUUCUUCAGCAUUGAGCAAAUACCCAGUGUCAUCUCGAUUACAUGGAUUUGAAAUCAUGAACACCACCACGAUACCUGAAUUUUCGUUGGUUGCCGUAUUGCUAAAACACGAAGCCACUGGUGCUCAGCAUUUACAUUUGGAUUCGGCCACCGACAACAACAACGUCUUUUCAAUAGCGUUCAAAACAAACCCACCAGAUGCCACAGGAGUUCCUCACAUAUUGGAACACACCACCUUGUGUGGUUCCAAGAAAUACCCAGUUCGAGACCCAUUUUUCAAAAUGACUAAUCGAAGCUUGAGUAAUUUCAUGAAUGCAAUGACGGGGCAUGACUAUACCUUUUAUCCAUUUGCAACGACUAACUCGAAAGAUUUUGAAAAUUUGAUGGAUGUGUAUCUUUCGUCAGUCCUUGAACCAUUGUUGAACCGCAACGAUUUUAUUCAAGAAGGAUGGAGGUUGGAAAACUCUGUGUUGGAGGACAUUAAAAGUAAUCUUGAAUUCAAGGGUGUUGUUUACAAUGAGAUGAAAGGGCAGUACUCAAAUUCAAUGUACUACUUUUACAUCCGGUUUUUGGAGUCGAUAUAUCCAACAUUGAACAACUCAGGGGGUGACCCUACAAAGAUGACAAAUUUGACAUAUGAAGAACUACUUGACUUUCACAAGCGCAAUUAUCAUCCAUCGAAUGCAAAGACUUUUACAUAUGGAAAUUUGCCAUUGGAGGGACAUUUACGUCGCCUUGAUGAUUACUUUAAAGACUUCACAAAGAGGUCAGUUGGUGUGGACGUGAAAGAGCCAAUUUUUGUAACUGAUCCAGAACAAGUUUACGAAGUUACUGUGCCUGGUCCCUUUGAUUCAAUGGUUAACAAGGACAUAUCUGAGCAAUACAAUGCAUCAAUCACUUGGUAUUUGGGAGAUCCGUUGGAUCCACUGCAGUAUUACAAUUUGUUCAAAUGGAAAAUACUCGCGUCUUUAUUAUUUGAUGGCCAUAACUCGCCCCUUUAUCAAGAGUUAAUUGAAAGUGGGUUUUCCGAAGAUUUUUCUGCAAAUUCAGGCUUGGAUUCGACAACUGCGCUUUUUUCACUUACAGUUGGUCUUAAUUACUUGACUAAGGAGAAGGUGAAAAGCUUGGAAUCGGUGAUUACCAACACCAUCAAAGACAAGGUAAUUCCAAAGUUGAAAGAGAACGAUCCUGCAUACAAUGAUAGAGUGGAGGCAUUAUUGCAUCAAAUUGAGUUGGGAUUCAAGAGACAUAAACCUGAAUUUGGAUUCAGCUUGUUGAGCUCACUAGUGCCAUCUUGGGUAAAUGGUGCGGAUCCGUUGAAAGUCCUUACUGUAGAGGAAAUUUUGACUAAAUUCAAAAAUGAAUACGCAAAGAGAGGAUUGGCAAUGUUUAAAGAGUUGUUGGAUGACACGUUGUUGAAUGACGCAACAAAGAAGUUUAAAUUCACUAUGGAACCAAAACAAGAUUUUGCCAAGCAGUUGAGUCAAGUUGAGAGUGAAAAUUUACAAAAUAAGGUGAAGAGUUUGACCGAAGAAGAUCGGAAACAGAUCUUUGAUAGGAAUAUAGAAUUGGCAAACUCGCAAAGCGAGGAACAGAAUGCAGAUGUGUUGCCCUCCUUGACAGUGGAGGAUAUCUCCAAAAAGGGAACUUUUUAUGACAUUGCAGUGACGCGUGCCAACAAUAAGGACAUAUAUGCAAGAAUUGUUGAUACCAAUGGACUAGUAUACGUGAAUGCGUUGAAGGAAAUACCUUUUUUGCCGACCAAAUACUACAAGUACCUUCCGUUGUUCAACAGCUGUUUAACCAAUCUUGCCGGUACAACAGAAACAUCCAUCACUGAUCUUGAAACAAGAAUCCAAUUGGUGACUGGCGGGGUCUCAUUCAAUCACAAGAUUUCACCUGACCCUUACAAUAUAAACCUGAUGAAGUUGCAAUACCUGUUGGGUGGGGUAGCUUUGAAAGAAAAUGCAGCCAACAUCUACCAAUUAUGGCGUGAAAUCCUUCAAGACACUCGCUUUAGUGACGAUGAAGAUGUUUUGGAUAAGCUCAACACUUUGAUCAAAAACUUGGGCCAGAAUCAAAUCAAUGCCGUGGCUGAGAGUGGCCAUUCGUAUGCAUGUGGAGUCAGCAACUCCAAAAUCACACCUGCCAAGUACAUCAAGCAAGUUACAGGAGGCUUGGAACAGGUUCAAUUUGUGAUGGAGAUGAACCGGGAACUCGAAAGUAAAGGAAAAGAUUAUUUACGGGAUGAGGUUUUGCCGGUUUUGAGGAAGAUGAAAGAGAGUAUAUUGCAAGGUGAUUUCAAGUACAGGGUAGUUGGAGACUCUGAAACUGUCAAAGAGAAUGAGGUUUUGAUUGGCAAAUUUGAUGAGCAAAUGUCGUCACCCACGGUGAAAACACCUCUUGCAACAGAAGGUCUUGAUUCAUUGCUUGAGUCAUUCAAGUACAAUCAUACCUCGGAGAAGCAGUUGGUGAAUUUGCCAUUCCAAGUAGGGUAUUCGUGUUUGGCGAAAAAGGGUACAUCCUUUGCGUCCAAAGAAGGCGCUGCUUUACAGAUUUUAUCCCAGUUGUACACAUUCAAAAACUUGCAUUCCAAGAUUAGAGAAGCCAAUGGAGCUUAUGGUGGUGGGUUGACGUACGACGGGUUGGGUGGAACACUUGAUUUCUACUCAUAUAGAGACCCCAAUCCAAUCAAAUCCAUCCAAACAUUUGAAGAAUCCUUUACAUAUGGACUUGAUGCUCAAUGGACAGAGAAGGACCUAACCGAAGCCAAGUUGAGAGUGUUUCAAAGCAUAGACGCACCAAUCAACAUUGCAAGUCAAGGUGCAACUCAUUUCUUUGAAGGUAUAAGUGAUGAUUUGAGACAAGAACGAAGAGAGAAUUUCUUGAGCACCACUAUUCAGGAUUUGCAACAUGUGACGCAAAAUUAUCUUGUAAAGAAUCCAAAUAACUUGUCAACUGUCAUUGGAGAUGAAGCGUUGUUGAAAGUUGACAACAGUUGGAAGAUCAAAAACCUCAAACUAUAG